UUCUCUGAUUCAUUGUCCAACUGUAAAGCAAUCCCACAUUGGAUACCAGACACAGAAAACACCCAACACCAGAAAAAGAAAAAGAACUCCAUAGCUAGACCUUCUCUUCUUCUGCAUAUCCAAUAAUCCCUGCACUAUUCCAACUUCCCACAAAAACCCACCAUGCCUUCAAGGCCUUUAUCUCCUUCUUCCACUCAACCACCCCCAGCUUUCAUCACCAAAACCAGACUCAUUUUCUUGAUCCUCACCAUCUCAUCCUCCCUUGUUAUUCUCUUCACCCUUCUCUUCCUUUACCAUCUGUGGCGCUCUUUAGUUAACUGCUCCAGAACCAUCCCUAUCGACUCCACUGCUCCUCUCAAGCUCCAGAGAUUCACCUACAAAGAGCUCAAGACUGCCACUGCUGAUUUCGACGACGCCAAUGUCAUCGGCAAAGGAGGUUCCGGUACUGUUUUCAGGGGAGUUGUCAAAGAUGGAAAGUUGUUUGCCGUCAAGAGACUUGACAGUUUCUCGUUGCAGACAGAGCGAGAGUUCCAUAACGAGUUGCAGAUUCUUGGUGGGUUAAGAUCGCCUUUCUUGGUUACGCUUUUGGGAUACUGUGUGGAAAAGAACAAACGAUUCUUGGUCUAUGAGUAUAUGCCAAACAAGAGCUUGCAGGAAUCACUUUUUGGAGAUUCCCAUUCAAGUGAUUUGUUGAGUUGGGAGAGAAGGUUUGACAUCAUUCUCGACGUUGCAAAAGCGCUCGAGUUCUUGCAUUUUGGAUGUGACCCACCUGUGAUUCAUGGAGAUAUUAAACCCAGUAAUAUUUUGCUUGAUACAGAUUUCAGAGCAAAGAUUUCAGACUUUGGUUUGUCAAGGAUUAAAGUGGAUGCAGAGUUUGGAGUGGAUUUGUUUAGUCAGGAUUUGGGAAGAAGUCAGGAGCUGUCUGGGAAUUUGGGCGGCGUAGAGACUCCUCGGGCGGUUGGUACUUCCAUGGAGACCACCACUGAGGUAGACUUUGCACUUGCUUUACAAGCUUCUUCUUCUUCCAAAAAUAGUAGGACAUGUUAUAAUGUUAGAGCUCUCAACAUGAACUCUGUAAAUUACAAUGCCAACAUGGUG